GUGUGUAUCCACAAGUUUAGCAUUCAACACGUGUAGCGGGAGUGAUGUAGAGAGAGGUUGCUAGGUGACGAGGCGUAUAUACUGAAUUUUAACAAAAUAACUGGUGAGAGGGGAAAGAGGGAGGAAGAGAGGUAGUCAGCAACAUGUAGGCUCGCUGAGUAAAGAAAAGGAAGACACUGUGUAUCGGUGCAACAUUUUAAUAUAUUGGCUACACAACGGGAGAUAACCCGCAGGAUAUGGCCAGAAGAGGAAUGGGUGUAUUGUGGAUGGAGAGACGAGGGGAGAAGAGAGUGUCGGGCUCCUGAAAAACAGUCCCUCUUCGCCUGUGAACCGCCGCCGCUCCGCCCACCAAACUACGCCCCCUCCCUCCCCCAUGGCGGCCAAGCCCGCCCUCUCCCUCCUGUUGGCCGUGCUGGCCUGCACGGGGCCCGCCCGCUCCUCCCCUCCCCUCCUGCUCCGCCCCCGGGAGAGAGAGAGGGACUUGGGCGUAGUCAACAUCGCUGUGGUCCACUCGGGCUCCUCCCUGCUCCCGGAGACGGCCGCUGCUGGGGGAACGGGCGCCACGGGCGGGCCUGGGGGGCCUCAGGGAAGGGGGGCCUCAUCGUCAUUGGCUACGGUGGCGGCGUCCACGCCGCUGGCGUCUGCGUCGGUGGCUCUGGUGGGCGACAGCGUGAUGACGCAGUAUGGCCCGGCCAACGUGAUAUACCUGACGGUGAACGAGAGCAGCCCGGCGAGCCUUCUGCUGCAGCUGUGUGAACUGCUGGCGACCACACCGCUCCAGGGCCUGGUGUUCGAGGACGAGAGGCCCCCACCACCCAACCAGGCUCCCCUGGCCCCCAUGAUGGAGUUUGUCUCGGCCCAGACCGGAGUGCCCGUUGUGGCUGUGGGAGGAGGGGCCGGCCUGGGCAGGGAGCCACAGGAGAGUGGCUCCAUCUACCUCCAGUUCACCUGCUCCACAGCCAUGCAGCUGGACGUGAUCUUCGAGGUGCUGGAGGAGUUUGACUGGACCUCCUUUUCCGUGGUGGCUACACGUCACCAUGGCUACGAGGACUUCCUGGCCAUGGUGGAGGGCCUGACGGACGGAUCCUUCAUCGGCUGGGAGAAGAAGGGCGUGGUCAUGCUCAACGUCACCGACGACCCGGGAGGGACGCGCACACGCAGGCUGCUCAAGGAGAACGAGGCGCAGGUGCGUCUCCUCUACUGCUCCCAGGAGGAGGCCGCACUGAUCUUCAAGGCGGCCUGGGCCUCGGGUCAGGCCGGACACUCCCACAUGUGGUUCGCCGUGGGGCCAGCCCUGUCCGGCCUUGGCCUGGAGGGCCUCCCCAAGGCCUUGUUCGCAGUGCGUCCGCAGGGCUGGAGGGACGAGCCCCGCAGGAGGAUCGCCAAAGGGGUGUCUGUGCUGACCCACGGAGCCAUGGCUUUGAGGAAGGAGUAUGGCUGGGCCCGAGGGCCACACUUCUUCGCAGGCAACUGCCAGACAGAUGGCAACCAGACGCAGAGGGUGCCAGACAGGAUCAGGUUCUUCAAUAACAUUACGCUGAGUGGCCGGGACUACUCGUUCAACAGCGACGGCUACCUGUCCAAUCCGGUGCUGGACGUGAUUUCCUACUCCGAGGGGAAAGGCUGGGAGGAGGUUGGCACGUGGCAGAACGGUGUUCUGGAUCUCAUUAUCCAGCCCUUUUCACGUUACGGCUCCUUCCUCAAGCCGCUGGAUGACACCCAGCACCUCAGGGUGGUCACCCUGGAGGAGAGGCCCUUUGUCAUUGUGGAGCCCGCCGACCCAGGCACCAACUCCUGCAUCCGGGACUCGGUGCCCUGCAGACUACCACUCAACACCACCAAUGUGCCGGUGGAUGAGAAAUCGUCGAAGCACUGCUGCAAAGGCUUCUGCAUUGACGUCCUCAAGCGAUUGGCCAAAAUAGUGGGCUUCUCUUAUGACCUCUACCUGGUGACCAAUGGCAGACACGGGAAGAGGGGGAGUGAUGGGCAGUGGAAUGGCAUGGUCGGGGAGGUGGUUUAUAAACGGGCCGACAUGGCCAUUGGCUCCCUGACCGUCAACAAGGAGAGGUCAGAGGCUGUGGAGUUCUCCGUGCCCUUCGUGGAGACGGGCAUCAGCGUCAUGGUCUCCCGUAGCAAUGGCACCGUCUCGCCGUCGGCCUUUCUUGAGCCGUACAGCCCAGCUGUGUGGGUGAUGAUGUUCGUCAUGUGCCUGUCCGUGGUCGCCGUCACAGUCUUUAUUUUCGAGUUCUUCAGCCCCGUUGGCUACAACCGCAGCCUGCAAAGUGCAAAGAAGACAGGGGGCUCUAAAUUCACCAUAGGGAAGUCUAUCUGGCUGCUGUGGGCUCUGGUCUUCAAUAACUCAGUGCCUGUGGAGAACCCCAGAGGAACCACCAGUAAGAUCAUGGUGCUGGUGUGGGCCUUCUUCGCUGUCAUCUUCCUGGCCUCCUACACGGCCAACCUGGCAGCAUUCAUGAUCCAGGAGGAGUACAUCGACACUGUGUCUGGCCUCAGCGACAAGAAGUUCCAGCAACCCACUGAGCAGUACCCCCCGCUCCGAUUUGGCACCGUCCCCAAUGGGAGCACGGAGGAGAACAUCCGCAGCAACUACGCCAACAUGCACAACUUCAUGAUCCGCAACAACCAGAAGGGCGUGGAGGAGGCCAUCGACAACCUCAAGACUGGCAAACUAGAUGCCUUCAUCUAUGAUGCGGCUGUGCUAAACUACAUGGCGAGGAAGGACGAGGGCUGUAAGGUGAUGACUAUUGGCUCGGGCAAGGUGUUCGCCACCACGGGUUACGGCAUCGCCCUGCAUAAGAACACCCGCUGGAAACGGCCCGUGGACUUGGCCCUACUGCAGCUGGUGGGAGACGACGAGAUCGACAUGCUCGAGCGCCUGUGGCUUUCGGGGAUCUGUCACAACGACAAGAUAGAGGUGAUGAGCUCCAAGCUGGACAUCGACAACAUGGCGGGCGUCUUCUACAUGCUGCUGGUGGCCAUGGGGCUCAGUCUGCUGGUGUUCGCCUGGGAGCACCUUGUGUACUGGAAGAUCAGGCACUGCCUGGGCCGCUCCGGGGGCAUGGACUUCCUACUGGCCCUCAGCAGGGGUAUGUACAGUUGCUGCAAGUUUGAAGAUGAAACCAUCUCUGGAGGCCUCAAAAACACACUUCCCCUAUAUCAUAGUGUUCCCACAAUGCCGCCUCCACCCCAAUCCCACAUCUCAGCGGCUGUAACCUGUAACACUACCCUUGCCAUGGUGCAGCAGCAGCAGAUGCAUCAUCACCAGCAGCAACAGCAGCAGCAGCAACAGCAGCAAGCAUACAGCAUGCUUCCUGCUGCAUCUCCACCAACUACUGGGCACUCUGCAAUGGCCCUUGGGCCAUCAAACAGUCCCCUUUUGGAGGGUCCUAUGCCGUGCUCCACUUUUCUGCCUCGCCAUGACCGCAGAUUGGCUGUUGUAGACCGCUGGAACCGUCCCAAGCCCAGCACGGACAAACCUAUUGGUGGCAGCGGUGGGAUCCCAGACAUGGCACAGUUUCAACAGGGCUUGCACCCUCAUUGGGCUGGGGGAGCCAGUGGAGGGGACGGUGGCCUGGAUGAAUACAAGCGAUACUAUGGCCCGAUCGAUCCAGAAGGCUUAGGGGCAAAUGCUGACCCACAAACAGGUGGAUCUCAAACCCCCAAAACGAACCAGAGGGGGACAAAGUCCUCAGGAAUGCCAUGGCUACCUUCUAAAGGACCGCCCCCUUGGCACUUCAUGUCUAAGCCCCCUCUACCGCUCCCCUCAUCCCCACAUCGGCCGCCAUUUUGGAGAAGAGGCAGCCUCCCUAAAAGAAAGGGCUCCGGGGGGCCUCUGUAUGAGAACAUCCUCCCCCUGGGGAGAAGAGGGGGAGGGCGAUACGGCGCAAGGGAUGGAGGUGGCAGGCAAGGCCGUCGCCCUCCCCCACUCCCAUUGCCUGUCCCUGUCUCGUCCCCUGCCCACACUACCCCUACCCCUACCACUCCCUCUCACUCCGCCCUCUACACCUCCAGCUCCUGCUCCUCCACCUCAUCCAGUUCAUCCUCGUCCUCAUCCUCCAUCUCCCUCUCACGCUCCAACUCACCCUCAUCCUCCAACACCUCAUACACAUCGUCCCAGAGUUUUAAGUACAGGGCUGGCAGUAGGGAUGUCGAGGACGUCUAUGACUCUGAUGAGCUGACAGAGGAGUCUAGCCUCCUGCUAGGACGGAGCAAGGGCAAAUCCCGACGCAUGUCCUCUCGCUCACUGCCUUGCAGUCCACCCCCUCCGCCUGUACCACCCCGCAAGCCUCGUCUACAGUAUGAGAGAGAGAGGGCUGGGAGCCAGCUAGCCCAGCUGCAGGAGUGGUGGACCUCCUGGGGCGAGAGAGAAAGACGUAGAGGAACAGGAACCAGGGCUGAGGGGAAGGAGGAGAAACGACAUCACAAAGAGAGAGAAAGGGAGAGAAAGAGAAGGAAGAAAGGCCGGAAGAAAAAAAAGAGAGAGGAAAAGGAGAGAGGGCGGGAGCGCAAGCGGCGUAAAGUGAAGAAGAAGAGGAAGAAAGAGGAGAAGGUGAAGAGAAGAGAUCGGGGCAAGCGAUCAGAGCACGAGGAGGGAGAUGGUGAGAAGGGAGAGCAGCUCAAAGCGAUAACACAAGAGGCCUACUCCUCCUACUCUGUUCCGAGGCGUGACUCAAUGCGGAAAAAGAGUGAAAGUUCUAUCAGAAGUUAUGGAUGGGAUAUUCCAAGGGAUGAAGAGAGGAGAGAGAGAGAGAGAGGGGAUAAGGAAAGAGAUGAUGGAGAUGACAUUAGAGGCAAGGAAAGGCACAUAAGUCCUCACUCUCGCCACAGGCAUGCAGGUAGGCCUUCUAGUUCCAGCAAGCAGUACCAGAGCUCCAGUAAACCCUCAACCUCUGUCAAAUUCUGGGGAGCGGGAAACCCAUCCUCAGAGACUCCUUCAUCUGCAUUUCUACCACUGAUCCCUUUCUCAUCCAGGUGCAGGAGUAAGGGUUCAGAUAGAGAGGCCCUACGGAAAGAAGGGGAGAAGCGCCCCCUGUUGGGCAGGAACGAGAGAGUGGAGGUUCACUCCAAAGAAGGUCUGUCGUUUCAUGAGUGGGAUUCUGAAGAUGAGGAUGACGAUUCCGAGGAGCAAAGGAGAAAAGUGGAGCAAGAGAAGAGACACGAAAGAAGAAGAAGGACCGCAUCAGAGUCCGAAAGGGAACGCGAUAAGGUGGUCGGCAUCUAUUCAGACGACGACGGCUCCUCUGGAGAAUUUGGAAAGUUCGAAAGGUACUGGGAGGGUCAUGAGGGUAGAGCGGUUGGGGGCAUAGGAGGGGGAGGUUGGUUUUUCGACACUUAUCCCGCCAGAGAAAAAGCCGGCAGCAUAAACAGUAGGGAUGACUCGUUAUUGAGGCAUGGGGAGGGAUGGGGGGGAGCAGAGAUAGCAGGGGAAGGUAGCUGGGGAUCAGGUGGAGCCUGGGGUUCAGGGAGGAUAGGUGGUACACAAUGGCCUCCACCUCCAUUGACACCACCAGCUCCUCGAAGAUACUGGUCCGUGGACAAGCUUCCCGUGAAGGAGGAGAAGAAAGGGAAAAGGAAGGACAAAGGGCGAGGUUAUGUGGCUUGCAACUGCCAAUCUGCCCUCGAACAUGAACACGCUCACUCGAAAUGGGCCAGGGUGAGCUCUCGUAGCCAGGAGGAGCUAUUUCUACACUGUCAACGUUUCGGGAGCAGCGCCAAUUCCAAACGGCAUUCCUCCAAACCCGACCGGACCCAGAAUCAACCCAAAUCGGGAAGCCAGUCCAAUCUCAGCAUCCAGCGAACACAGCGGACGGACCGCAUUCGGCAGCCCUCUACAUUGCAGGCCCUCAUCCCCUCCCUCCCUCCACCAACACUCCCAGCCCUUCCUGCCCCUCUCUCUGCAUCCCAUCCCAUCCACGUCCCUCUUCCCACCUCUUCCUCUUCGGUCUCAUCUCCCUCUGUAGUAUCUUCCACCCCAGGCGCCCCCCAGCCGUCUUCUAUGGCUUCUGCUAGUGCCAAACUCCUGUACCAGAGACUGCGCUCAGUACCCCAGCCCCAAAGGUUACAGUCACCUCACCUGCCCCUCAAGGCCAAGAGCCUCUGCUCACGGAGGGGGUCCGCACACUUCUCCAGUGUGGAGAGCGAGGUGUGAGGCAAAUCAUAGACACCUACCUGGGCAGGAAACGCUGACCUAUUCAGAAACCUUGGGUCCUGACUGUGUGACAACAGCAGUCCUGUAACUCAGCCCCCUAUAACUCUUGCACAACCCCCAUUGUCCAGUCAGAGGGAGUGCACAGCAAUGUCAUGUUUACUGAGACUCUCUUCAUUCCGGUCAGAGUAUCUGAAAGACUACAUGUGUUGUUGGUUAAAUUAAAUUGGUGUCAGAAGUGGGAUCUCAGAAAUGGGGCCGUCGUCCUGACACGUCGUGUCUUUGGGUCUUGAAGUGAAGUGGUUAUUAUUGUUAAAUUAUAUUUGCUCUUGAGGGUUCAGGUACUCAUUCAUAGACCUCCCUACUGAGGGCUCCAAUGCAGAAACAUUUUACUUACAUCCCUUAACAUUAACCCCUAACUUUCCUUUAACGGUUUACACCUCACAGAACUGUGAAGUCUGAGGUCAUGUAUGUUCUAUAUUUCACUUUUAGGGAGAAUAGAAUAGCAGCUAGCCCUCUCUGUUAUCCCCAUUAACCCUCUCAAACUCAUAUUUGAUAUUCUGUGUGUCUGUGUUUUACCGUGUUUGUAUUCUUGACAACAGGGUAAGCCGACUGUGACUGAUCUUAUACUGUGCUAAACUUCAGUGGAGCUUACAUACAAUGCUGUUUCAUUUAUACCACAGGUACUCCCCCAUUCAUGUCCCUCUUGAGCAAUACAUUACCUGCACACCAACAAUUCAUGCAUUUUAUAUUUUAAAAGGUUAUUUUACUAUAUGUGUUAUUAUUUAAAAAUUUUUACAUUUUAGUCAUUUAGUAGACGCUCUUAUCCAGAGCGACUUCCAGUUAGUGAGUGCAUACAUUUUUUUUUUUCAUUAUAAUAUGAGACAAAUAUUAAUUAUUACAAAAUGUAAGCACUGUGCUGUACUAUACUGGGUACACGCGAAAUGUUUUACAACUACCUAACGUCAUUGGCAGCCUAUCCACCCAUAAGACAGAAUGUAGCCUUGACCUAGUCUGCUGCAACUAUGAAGACACUUUAAGAUUGUAGCAUUUUCGGGGGACACUAUGUGGAAAACCAUUGGGUAAAUGCUAGAUGGGAUUGUCGGACAUGUGGCCACACAGAUGGUCAGAAUUAAUUCUCCCAUGUCCCCGUAAUGAUGUCAACAUGAUAGGUGCCUAAAGGAUGCUACCAGAGAUGCAUUUGUAAAUCCGUAAUCAAGAGCUAGCUUAUUUAUAGCAAUUUGACUGCAAAGCUGAUACCUGCAUAGUCAGAUGUACUUUCAAAUGAGCCAGUUUUCCACCCACCUUUAGCAUUAGCAACAGGAAGUUGAGUAGCAGAGAGUGAAUACUGUUACGACUUUUUGUGCAUGUUGUCAGUAACCCACAAGGCUAGUUCCAUCUUCUCCAUAUAGUCUGUUUAGCUAAUAAGCUGAAGAAAAAAAGUGAACACAAAAUUGUUGUGUAAAGUUUGUCUGCAUUUCUUUGAAUAUCUAGAUGUGUAUCACAUAUGUAUUUGUGGAGUUGGGUAGCAUUAGAUAAAUUGUUGUUUAGCAUCUUGAUAUGGGGAUAUUGUUUAUCAUUCCAGUGCCAUUAGAUAAGAUAUUAAUUUUCCAUGUGAAGGAAAUGUCUCCUUUUAUUCACCCACAACUGGGAGCGCUCGCUGUUGCUAAAAGUAUAGGUUUUCAUUCUUAAAACCUGGCUAACCCAAGAGCUAUAGGAACACAAUGGAAGCAGUGCUUUGCUUGUUACAAUCAACAGCUUACAAGAAUCCAAUGACAAGGCUAACCGUGGGCGAAAUGUUACCUGCCAAGGUAUUUGUACCACAAAAUUAACCGAAAUCUCUGCCCCUUAUGUCUAUUUGUUGUGUUGAUGAGUGUCUGCAAUUGUAAACUGUUCUAUUUUUUAUUAAGUAUCUGUGAAUAUUUCUUUCAUCUCAAUAAUAGCAUAUCUAUAUAUAAUCAUAUAUUUCAAAGAUAAGAUAUUAUACGUUAAGUUUGUCAACUAAAUGUAUAGUAUUAUCUAUGAAGCUGUCUUUUGUCUGUCCUCCCUUGUCUCAAAACCCAGUGAAAUCAGAGACCAGUACUUAACUAUGUUCUUACCGACCAUCAACCAUGAUUAGUUAACAAUUAUAUUUGCGAUGUGACUGAGGUGUGUGUCAGACGACCGUGUCACUGUAGUAGUGUGAGUUUAGGCCUUGGCUGUAACACAUUAUUAAAACUAUUGGAUUAUAAGGUAUUUUACCAGGGCAGAGAAUGUCCAACAACAUCACCGUCUGGUGAGAUACUGGGCCUGAAUUUCAACUGGACCAAUGAGUUGACAUGUACAGCUACUUCUUUAAACACGAUAUAGCCUAGCGGGCAUCAACAGGCUUUUUUGCAUCAUGCUGCAGUAUACUCUCCAUGGUGAGCCUUACCGGGACUGCGGUGUGUGCUUUCUCUCUGCAAAGCUGCAUCUGUCGUGCUGAACUAAACAAAAACACACUGUGUUCCUCCAUAAAAUCCCCACUGUAGCGCCCCGUCCAGCGCUGUCUCUAUCCGCUAACCCUGCGCGGUCUUUACUCCACACUGUGUCUAGACGGACUUGCACUGCGUCACUGUGUGAGAAUCAAUGUGCCAUACUGGGGCAGAACACGGUGGUCACGUUGGGCUGCCGCACCACUGGAAAGACAAUACUGUGCUGUACUGUAAGCAGAACAGAAUAAAAAUACUUUUCAUA